AUAUUAUUGAAUAAUGGUUUAUCAUUUAAAACAAAUACUAUUGAUAAUGUCAACAAUAUUCAUCUACAAUCAUCAAUAGAAAAUACCAUGAUUAAUAAUAAUAAUAAUAAUAAUUCUAAUCUUGUUCAUACUGAUUUACAUAAUGAUAAAACAAUAACAUGUUUAUCGGAUAAUCCAAUUGUCCAUACAUCUGUUGGGAUCUAUUGUGGAUUACGUGAAAUAGUUCAUUGGCCUAAUGGACCAGCAUCAAUGGUUGAUGUUUAUUAUGGUAUACGUUAUGCUCAAUCACCUACUGGUUCAUUACGUUUUAAAAAACCUGUAGAACCUAUUCCUGAACCAAAGAAAAUUUUUAUGGCUGAUAAAUUACCUUCUACUUGUCCACAACCAAAAGAUACAAUGUUUCAAAAUUCAGCGGCAGCUAGAAUGUGGGUACCAAAUACACCAAUGUCAGAAGAUUGUCUUUUCUUAAAUAUUUGGGUACCUUUAAAAGAAUCGAAUAGUAGCCAUUCGAAUUCAAAAGAAAAACUUGCAGUUAUGUUAUGGAUAUACGGUGGUAGCUUUUAUAUGGGAACAGCAACAUUGAGCGUAUAUGAUGCGAGAUUUUUAGCUGCUAGACAAAAUAUUAUUGUUGCAUCAAUGAAUUAUCGUUUGGGUUCAUUUGGUUUCCUUUAUAUGAAUACAGAAGAAGCACCAGGUAAUAUGGGUCUUUGGGAUCAACGUUUAGCUAUGAAAUGGAUUAAAGAUCAUAUUGAAAAUUUCGGUGGUGAUCCACAUCGUAUCACUCUUUUUGGUGAAUCAGCUGGAGCUGUAAGCGUGAGUACACAUGUCGUCAGUCCAUGGUCUCAUUCAUAUUAUAACAAUGCAAUAAUGCAAUCUGGUUCAAUUUUUAGCAACUGGGGUCUUGCAACUAGUGAAGUAUCACUAAAUCAAACACAAAGGCUUGCAAAAAUUCUUGGCUGUGGAUAUCGAUCAUCAAUGGAUCAAAUUAAAUGUUUACGAUCAAAAUCAAUUACAGAAAUAUUAGAUGCACAUGAUACAAUGUAUGAUCCAGCUAGUUAUUUCUCUGUACCAUUUCCACCUGUAUUAGAUAAUAAUUUUUUUCCAUAUGAGAAUAGUCAAUCAUUUCGUCAAUUAAAAUAUCUUAAACCAUCCGGUGCUUUAAUGUUUGGUAUUAAUAAAAAUGAAGGUAGUUAUUUCUUAUUAUAUGCAUUUGUAUCUAAUUCAAAAUGGAUGAAAAAUUUAACUGAUUUACCAAUUACAAAUCGUAUGGAUUAUUUAAGAUGUCUUCGACAAGUUCUAGAUCUUGAUGAUGAUGAUCGACCAGAAUUUACAGAACCAUUAAUACGUUAUACAGAUUUUGAAUAUCAAACAUAUCAACAAUUGCCUACACUUGAAAGUUGGACUGAAAGACUAGAAGAAAUCAGUAGUGAUAGAAGUUUCAAAUGUCCUACGAUCAAUAUGGCAACUGCAGUAACUAAUGAUUAUCGUAUACCAGGUCGACGUCGUGCUCAUACGCUUCCUGUAUAUUUUUAUGAAUUUCAACAUAGAACACUUUCAUUACCAAUGCCUAAAUGGACUGGUACAAUGCAUGGUUAUGAAAUUGAAUAUGUUUUUGGUAUUCCAUUUAGUCCUCAGUUUCAAGCUAGCUUUUAUCGAUUCACUGAUGAAGAACGUCAACUCAGUGAUAUUAUGAUGACGUAUUGGGCUAACUUUGCACGCACAGGGGAUCCUAAUAUUUUACCAGAUGGUCGACACGUGACUGAUAAUGUAAAUCCAGAAGAUCCAGAUGAAAUAACUGGAGGUGAGUUAGAAGAUUCACUGAAUCAUAAACAAGGGCGUAAAAAUCCAUUCAUUGGAUGGCCUGAAUUUCGAAAUAGUACAAAGGCCUACAUCGUUUUUCGUUCAGCUCCGGCAAACCUUCUCGUUAGCACAAGACCACGUCACCGUCAAUGCUUGUUUUGGCGUCGUUGGUAUCCGGCGUUACUACAACAAGGUUUUUAUAUUCAUCAUCACGUUUAUGUGGGUAGCAGUUGUUUCUUAGACAUUUUUCAACGUUGAUCAAUUCUUCCAGUUUGUCGGUGGUACAUAUCCUUUUUACCCCCAUAAGAUAGUGUUUUGACCAGUGUCUUCUUGUAACUGACUGAACAAAAACAAUUGAAAUCCAGAUACUUUUUUGACCAACCAACCUUUGAACUGUCUCGUCUCCUCUACGUUUUAUGGCAAUAACAAGAAAGUGGAACAUGUCAUUCUAUUUGUGUUCCAUCCAGUGCUUCCAGUUUUUCCAUGUUGGUGUAUCUUCAAUUAACUCAUGAUCUCAACUAUAGAAAUUGCUAUAAUAUGCACAAAUCCCCUCUCUUAUUAUCUACAUAUGAUAAUCAAUUCAAUCUAUCAAUCUUGAUUUUGAUUGGAUGUUGUUGACCUUUGACUUGUCAUGGCUUGGAUAUUGAUUUGUUCAGGUUCAAAUUACUCACAGAAUAUUUUGAGUUUAAAAUUGUUUUCAAUAACUUUAUCAUCAGGUUCUGUAUCACUAAGUCCAUAAUUAUUGUGCAAACUACGAAAUUUAACAAACUGCAUUUGACUAUUUAUACAAACCAUUGUAGCGAAUGAAUAAACAUUUACCUGACGUGAUAUUAAUACAUCAUAUUCUAAACACCAAACAUUCGAAACUGUAGCACAUAGUAUUUUAUGAUAAUAACAACAUCAACUGAGUGAUAUAACAUUGUAUAUCAUCUACUUGGAUUCCCAUGCGGUCAAACCACACUACUAAAUUGUUCAUUUCAUAUAUUAAAGAUUCUAGACGUUAUUCAGUUUCCAUGAGAACAAGUAAGAUGGUAAAUUACUCAGUUUUUGUGUGAAUACCUCUACAGUACUAUGAAUGGCUAGGAUUAACGUAGCUCAUCUGAUUGUUUAAUUUCGCUAGUAGAAGCUAAUGAUAACCUAUACAUUGUUUAUCAAUAUAAUAUCCAUUCACAUUAUUAUAUUUUUUUCUGUCAUUAAUUUUCAGUUGAGCGCAAUCGCCAGCAUUGUUUAGGUGUGUAAAAUUCAAUACACUGGUGAAUUACUAACUACAGGUAUCAUCUAAUAUCAACAGAGAUGAAAAUGAAUAACAGUUAACAAGUGUUUCGUAAGAAUAUUAAAUAUAAUAAUUGAUUAGUAUAUCAUAAAUUGAGUGUGUUUUUUGUACUGCUACUGCUCAGGAAAA